AUGGAACCCCGUCCAGCGCUGAUCGCGGACCUCACCGAGACCUUGGACCGCCUGUGCUCCCCGACGAGCUCGUUGCGCACGACGGCCGAAGCGCACCUCCACUCUGAGCUGUUGUGCCCGUCCCACACCGCCCAAACGCUCCUUGCCCUGGUGCACGUUGCCACCUCUCUCCAAGGUACCUCACCACGCCGCGUACAGGCACUCAUCAUCCUCCGUAGGACAGCGCUACAGAGCCCAACCGUGCUCGACCUCGAAGCAGACCGACAGCGCGACGACCACGAUCAUGAUCCGACCCCGACCCAUCCCGCCCUCUUGGGUCCGAGAUGGUCCACCCUCCCUCUCAAGACCAAGGACCACAUCGAGAAUAGGCUCCUUGGCGUCUUGGGCAAGAGCGAUAUGAGACCGGAUGCCGAGCGCAAGGCUCUGUGUGAUACGAUCGCCGAAAUCUAUAAACUCAAUCAGCCAGGUCAGUCGGCAAGUAAGAUCUCCUACACAUCAUCAGUCGGGCAUAAACUCAUCCCAUUUUCACUCGUGCAGGACCCUGGCCCCAGUUCGCCUCGGUACUCUCACAACUCUUCUCCUCCCCCUCCCCUUCAUUACGAGAAUCCUGCUUCCGUCUCUACGCCGAAUGCAUCGACCUACUCGAACAAGAGCCCCCCACCACCGCAAGCCAGGGUCUACUCCGAGGUUUGCAGGAUCCGGCGAUCCAUACUCGGUUGGCGGCGCUGCAGGCGGCGAGCAAGUUGUUGCAAGUACUCGAACCACCGAGCAAGUUGCAGAACUAUGCCGAGCUGAUCAGAGGGAUGCUCGAGGUCAGUCUUGGCCAUGCGCACGCACACGAACCGCUUCUGACCUGAAUGUUCUCGUUCCAGAUCCUACCGGCAUUGACCGCCUCAGCAGCAAGCGACGACCGACCCCUCACGACCGCUUUACUCGAAAUGAUCGAACUCGCCUCGAUCCCUCGUCUCGCCUCGCGCGUAUUCAAACCCCACGUCUCCACUCUAACCCACUUCUGCACCUCCAUCAUCCAAUCCCCCGAAAGCUACGACGAGAAUCUCCGUGCCUCGGCUCUCGAACUCCUCGUUUCCCUCGCCGAAACCGCACCGACUUUGAUUCGAACCGCACGUAAUUUCGCUCCCACGAUCGUGGAGAUUUGUCUCGACUUGAUGAAGGAGCGUGAGGAUGAUCCCGAGUGGCUUGGAAAGGAAGUGAUCAAAGACGUCGAAGAGGAUGAUACGAUCGCGACGAUCGCCGAACAAAGUCUCGAUCGAUUCGCCCAACGCUUGGGUAAGGACGUCUUCGGUGCUGUUCAAGGGAACGUGGGGAAGUUGCUCGGGAAGGACAAGACGUGGCAAGUCAAGAGUGCCGGUUUGAGUGCUAUCGCGGCGAUUGCGGAAGGCUGUAGGGUGCAGAUGGAAGGUCAUUUGGAGCAGAUCAUCAAGUGAGUUUCACCGAGCAGACUUUUCAAGCACUGCACUGCAGAACGACUAAUGAAGAGUGUCAUCCACUAGCGCGAUCAUGGCGUUGGCAGGUGAUGAUCAUCCUCGAGUUCGCUACGCAACCAUUUACGCGCUCGGACAACUGUGCACCGAUCUCGAAGACCAAGUUCAAGCUGAAUUUGGCCAACAGGUAUUGCGUGUAUUUGUCAGCAAUAUGCUCGGUCAAGAACCGCGGUGCGUGCUUUCGUAGAGCGCCCACAACGCGAGAGCGUUCUGCGCUGACGAUCGUACUCCCCGCGAGCAGAUUACAAGCCUUCGCCGCCGCGGCUUGCGUCAACUUUUUCCGAGCUACAGAGGUUGUCGAGCCCCUGAAACCUUUUUUGCCCGACGUCGUGCGUGGUUUAUUGCAUCUGCUUCAAACAGGAUCGACAUUCGUUCAAGGCAACGCGCUGGAGGCGUUGACGGUCGUGGCGGCUUACAUGGAAGAGGAGUUUGCUCCCGUAAGUCAACUGUCAGAGGUGAUAAUCACGACAUGCGCACUAAUCGAGAUUGUGUACUUUACAACCAAGUACUACACGGAAAUGAUGCCCCACCUCCUACGCCUCCUCGAGACCGAAGCGUCCCUCGAGAUCGAGACUUUACGAGCCCGAGCCCUCGACUGCGCAUCCAACAUCGCCGCAGCCGUAGACCCUUCCGUCUUCGAACCCGACGCAUCCCGUCUGAUCAAAGCGAUGCAAAACAUUUCCAAGUCACUCCCCGAAGACGAUCAAGUCACCCGACCUUAUCUCCUUACGGCGUUCUGCCAUCUCGCCGCUACGGUCGGGGCCGAAGCUUUCGCACCUUACAUCAACGAGACCUUUCCCCAACUAUUGAAGCGUGCAGCUCGAGAUGCCCAAGUCACGAUCGGAGAAGUAGGCGAACCUCAUCCAUCCGAAUACAACGAAGAAGGCGAAGACGAUUGGGAAUCCGUUCUCGUCGAUGGCAAAACGGUCUCGAUCCGCACCUCCGCAGUAGACGAUAAACUCGAAGCCGUGCAAAACCUCAUUUCGCUCGUCAGCACAUUAGGCGCGACCUUACCUUUACCCGAACUUCAACAAGUCGUGCAAACGACCUUGCCUUUGCUCAAUUUUGUUUGGCAUAUCGGGAUCAGGGAAGCAGCUGCAGCUUUGAUCGCUGUCACCGUACAGUCAUUGGCUUUACACCCUUUGAACGCGGAGGAAAGGACCUUCAUCUGUUCGAGCUGUUCGGACGCGUUGGCACCUCAUCUGUGCAGCGAUACGGAUGCCGAAUUCCUCGCGACCGCUUUGUCGUCGAUCGCGACGGUGUAUACGAGUUUCCCUCGUGGGACGUUGAGGAUCGAUUCGAGGAACUUGUGCAUUCGCGCUAUGGAGGGGCAAUUCGUCGAUUUGGCUCGAAGGGAACAAGAACGACAGUACGAACGAGGAGGAGAUCACGAGGAAGAUGCGGAAUACCUCGAUGAAGAAGUGCUAGAGAUCGAGGAAGGAGAGAAACAGGUGUAUUACGGGAUCAACGUCGUCGUCAAGGAAUUGAUGAAGCAACAUGACGUUCAGUCUUUGGACGUCAGCACUUCGACGACGAGUACGACGUUCCCUUUGGCGGUUUUCGAACCGGCUUUGAAGGUCAUUGCGACGCCUUCGGGACAGCGGUUGAAUGCGGCGCAAUUUGGGUUGAGGUUGGUAUGCGACAUGUUGGAUCAAUUGGGGGAGAGGGCCGUGGAGACUGUUCAACCGUAUUUGAACGCUCUUGCUGCGCGAUUGCAUGAUGAGAGUAAGUUUUUUUUUUCCUCCUCAUCCACCACCUAAACUUUCACGCUCACUCGAUCUCCUUCGUGCGAUAUCUCAGACCCAACCAUUCGCCGCGUCUCCGCCUACGCCGUCGGCAUCGCCGUUGAACGUGCCCCCUCGUCCCUCCAACCCUGGGCCAUCACCCUCGUCGACUCCUUGUUCGCCGCGAUCGCCGCGAUCGCCGCGAUCGACCCAUCGGACCUCGAACAAGAUCCGGACGUUCUCGCCGCUCGGGACAACGCCGUUAGCGCUUGUGAGUACACGUCGGUGCGCAAGAAUGCUGGUGAACCGUUUGCUGAUUCUGGACCCGCGUUCGUACCACAGUGAGCAAGAUUAUACGCCGUUCCCCACCCGCGACGAUCGAACCCAUCCUUGAACGAUGGGUGCUCACUCUCCCGAUCCUCGUCGACGAAGAUGAGUUCGAGCACGUCUACCCGCUCUUGAUUGACUUGUUACAUACGUAAGUUUCAACCUCCCUCCCCAUCUUUGGCUGUCAUUGUACUGACUCCUUUCCCUUCCCUAUCCGGAUCAGCAACCACCCCUCCACUACCUCCCCCACCGUCGCAACGCACAUCCUCAAAGUCCUCGUCCAAACUCUCCAACAAGAGACCCUACCCCCAACCCUCGAGGAAUCCCUCUGCACCGAAUUGAAGAACUUCGUCGCCAAGCUUCCACAGGGCAGUGAAGCGAGGGUGCAAGCUGAAUCGAUUCCACAGGACGUGAGGGAUAAGUUAGGGGCCUGGUAG